AUGCAGCGUCAAGCUCCCCAAAGGGAAAUCGGACGUGGCGGCGCACACUCGCGCCAAGGCGUCGGCGCGCUCCUUUGUGGCGGUCGGUUGGCCAUCCGCCGCCGCAACCGGCAAACUGGCGGGGCGCGGGGCGCGGACUGCCCUGGCGAGGCCGCAGCUUGCCGCCUCCGCCGGCACCGAUCGGGAGCACCGCCCCUUCGAGCGAGCAACUGCGACAUUGCGAAGGCGCGUUCGUCGCUGCUGUGCGAGGCGGCGAAGCGGCAAGUUCCUGCGCGCCUCUCCGAUGCGGUCCUUUUCGGCGUCCGGAGCGGCGGGCGUUUGGCCACCGCAUGCGGCACAGUGCGCUUCACUGCUCUGCGGGCCGCGGCUGCAAACUGCCGAAUGCCGCCGUGGAUAUUUACGGAUGAGCGAUCCGUCUGCCGAAUGCGCGGGGGUUCUCGGUGA